GCGGGAGCCGAGUGGACGCCCGCGCUGCGGCUGCGGUUGUCCUAGCGGGUGCUGGGGUCGCGGAGGGGCAGGAGAAGGAGGGGUGGCAGAGCGAAACAUUGAAAGACCCCUGAAAGACCAUCUAGACUUCUGAACGCAAAAACACGCCUGGGGAGACCUGGGGCUCCAGGCGUGGGAGAAUUUCUUUGCACUGGCGGGGAGUGCGCGCAGGGUUCGUCCCAUGGCCGGGACUCGGAGCUGCGAUCCUUGGGGUCCCCCCGGGAUUUGCUAUCUUCUUGGUUCCUUGCUCACUGGACUGCUCUUCCCACGGGCUGUUGCCUUCAAUCUGGACGUGAUGGGCGCCCUGCGCAAGGAGGGCGAGCCAGGCAGUCUCUUCGGCUUCUCUGUGGCCCUGCACAGGCAGUUGCACCCCCGACACCAGAGCUGGCUGCUGGUGGGUGCUCCCCAGGCCCUGGCUCUUCCUGGGCAGCAGGCAAACCGCACCGGAGGCCUCUUCGCUUGCCCCCUGAGCCUGGAGGAGACUGACUGCUACAGAGUGGACAUCGACCGGGGAGCUGAUGUCCAAAAGGAGAGCAAGGAGAAUCAGUGGUUGGGCGUCAGUGUUCGGAGCCAGGGACCCGGGGGCAAGAUUGUUACCUGUGCACACCGAUAUGAGUCAAGACAGCGAGUGGACCAAAUUCUGGAGACGCGGGAUGUGAUUGGUCGCUGCUUUGUGCUAAGCCAGGACCUGGCUGCCCAUGAUGAUUUGGAUGGUGGGGAAUGGAAGUUCUGUGAAGGGCGCCCCCAGGGCCAUGAGCAAUUUGGGUUCUGCCAGCAGGGCACAGCUGCUGCCUUCUCUCCUGACAACCACUACCUUCUCUUUGGGGCUCCAGGAACCUAUAACUGGAAGGGCACGGCCAGGGUGGAGCUCUGUGCACAGGGCUCGGCGGACCUGGCACACCUGGACGACGGGCCCUACGAGGCGGGGGGCGAGAAGGAGCAGAACCCCCGCCUUAUCCCGGUCCCUGCCAACAGUUACUUUGGUUUCUCCAUCGACUCUGGAAAGGGUCUCGUGCGGGCAGAGGAACUGAGCUUUGUGGCAGGGGCCCCCCGUGCCAACCACAAGGGGGCUGUGGUCAUUCUGCGCAAGGAUAGUGCCAGCCGCCUGGUGCCUGAAGUUACUUCUGGGGAGCGCCUGACCUCUGGGUUUGGCUAUUCACUGGCUGUGACUGAUCUCAACAAUGACGGCUGGUCAGACUUGAUUGUGGGUGCCCCCUACUUCUUUGAACGCCAAGAAGAGCUGGGAGGUGCUGUGUAUGUGUACAUGAACCAGGGUGGUCACUGGACAGAGGUCUCCCCUCUCCGGCUCUGUGGCUCCCCUGACUCCAUGUUUGGGAUCAGCCUGGCUGUCUUGGGGGAUCUCAACCAAGAUGGCUUCCCAGAUAUUGCAGUGGGAGCUCCUUUUGAUGGGGAUGGGAAAGUCUUUAUUUACCAUGGGAGCAGCCUGGGAGUCCUCGACAAACCUUCACAGGUGCUGGAGGGUGAAUCCGUGGGCAUCAGGAGCUUUGGCUACUCCCUGUCCGGUGGCCUGGAUGUGGAUGGGAACCACUACCCAGACCUGCUGGUGGGCUCGCUGGCUGACACAGCUGUGCUCUUCAGGGCCAGACCCAUCCUCCACGUCACCCAUGAAGUCUUCAUUGCUCCGCCAGCCAUUGACCUAGAACAGCCUAACUGUGCUGGUGGCCGCUUGGUCUGUGUGGACUUGAGGAUCUGCUUCAGCUACAUUGCAGUGCCCAGCAGCUACAGUCCUAUUGUGGCCUUGGAUUACAUGUUAGAUGGGGACACAGACCGGAGGCUCCGGGGACAGGUUCCCCGUGUGACCUUCCUGAGCCGAAGCCCAGAUGACCCCAAGCACCAGGCCUCAGGCACUGUGUGGUUGAAGCACCAGCAUGAUCGAGUCUGUGGAGACACCAUGUUCCAGCUGCAGGAGAAUGUCAAAGACAAGCUUCGGGCCAUUGUGGUGACCCUGUCCUACAGUCUCCAGACUCCUCGGCUCCGGCGACAGGCUAUUGGUCAGGGGCUGCUCCCAGUGGCUCCUAUCCUCAAUGCCCACCAGCCUAACACCCAGCGGGCAGAGAUUCACUUCCUGAAACAAGGAUGUGGUGAAGACAAGAUCUGUCAGAGCAAUUUGCAGCUGGUCCAUGCCCGCUUUUGUGCCCGGGUCAGCGACAUGGAGUUCCAGCCUCUGCCCAUGGAUGUGGAUGGGAUGACGGCCCUGUUUGCACUGAGUGGGCAGCCAGUCAUUGGCCUGGAGCUGAUGGUCACCAACUUGCCCUCGGACCCAACCCAGCCCCAGGCUGAUGGGGAUGAUGCCCACGAAGCCCAGCUGCUGGUCACUCUUCCUGCCUCACUGCACUACUCAGGAGUCCGGACCCUGGACCCUGUGGAGAAACCACUUUGCCUGUCCAAUGAGAAUGCCUCCCAUGUCGAGUGUGAGCUGGGGAACCCUAUGAAGAGAGGUGCCCAGGUCACCUUCUACCUCAUCCUUAGCACCUCUGGGAUCACUAUUGAGACCACGGAGCUGGAGGUGGAGCUGCUGUUGGCCACGAUCAGUGAGCAGGAGCUGCAUCCGGUCUCUGCUCGUGCCCGUGUUUUCAUUGAGCUGCCACUGUCCAUUGCAGGUGUGGCCACACCCCAGCAACUUUUCUUCUCCGGCGUGGUGAGGGGAGAGAGCGCAAUGCAGUCUGAACGAGAUGUGGGCAGCAAGGUCAAGUAUGAAGUUACUGUCUCCAACCAAGGCCAGUCGCUCAACACCUUGGGCUCUGCCUUCCUCAAUAUCAUGUGGCCCCAUGAGAUUGCCAAUGGGAAGUGGCUGCUGUACCCCAUGAGGAUGGAGCUGGAGGGCGGGCAGGGGCCUGGGCAGAAAGGGCUCUGUUCCCCCAGGCCCAACAUCCUCCACCUGGAUGUGGAUGGCAAGGAUAGGAGACGGCGAGAGCUGGAGCAACCAGAGCAGCAGGAGCCUCACGAGGAGCCUCGCGAGGAGCCAGAGCCCAGCAUGUUCUGGUGGCCCGUGUCCUCUGCUGAAAAGAGAAACAUCACUCUGGACUGCGCCCGGGGCACGGCCAACUGCGUGGUGUUCAGCUGCCCACUCUACAGCUUCGACCGUGCAGCUGUGUUGCAUGUCUGGGGCCGCCUCUGGAAUAGCACCUUUCUGGAGGAAUACUCAGCCGUGAAGUCCCUGGAAGUGAUAGUUCGAGCCAACAUCACAGUGAAGUCUUACAUCAAGAACUUGCUGCUCAGAGAUGCCUCCACAGUGAUUCCAGUGAUGGUGUACUUGGACCCCAUGGCUGUGGUGGCAGAGGGAGUCCCCUGGUGGGUCAUCCUCCUGGCUGUGCUGGCAGGGCUGCUGGUACUGGCGCUGCUGGUGCUACUGCUGUGGAAGAUGGGAUUCUUCAAGCGGGCAAAGCACCCUGAAGCCACCGUGCCCCAGUACCAUGCGGUGAAGAUCCCUCGGGAAGACCGACAGCAGUUCAAGGAGGAGAAGACAGGCACCAUCCUGAGGAGCAACUGGGGCAGUCCCCGGAGGGAGGGACCUGAUGCAUACCCCAUCUUGAAUGCUGAUGGGCACUCUGAGCUAGGUCCUGAUGGGCAUCCUGUGUCAAGCACUGGCUAGCUUCCGUUGUCCCAUCCUGGCCCAUGGGCCCCCUCUACCCCUUCUCAAGAUGACUACUCUGAUGAAUAGGGUGGAAUGGGUUGCUGAUAUUGUACCAAGAUUUGGCAGAGUCUGCUUCCUUAGGGGCACAGACCUCUCCUACCCAUGAGUAUCACCCCUCAAGCUUCCCCUUAGAAUCUUGUGGGACGAGAGGGGGUGAAAUCAAGGAUGGGCCAUGGGGAAGGGCAGGGAUACCCUGAUGCAAGAUGGGGAGAGGGGAUCCUAAUCUCUUCCUCUUGCAUUUGCCUUGUGUAACCUGUUUCCCCCAAAGUGCCUUAGCUGGAGAAUCAGGGAGCUCAUGCCUCUGACUCAGCGGCUCUUCCUUCCCUCCCUCCUUUCUCCUCUUCUCUGACUUUAGUUUGCUGCAUCAGUCUAGUGGGUUUUGUCUAUUUAUUAAAAAAGAUUUGAAGAAAGACCUCUGGCUUCUUCGUCUUCUUCUUCUUUUUUGGUA